AUGCCGACGGGCAGCGCGACGGCGUGGUUCCUGCUGGCGACGCUGGCGCUGACGGCGGCGGCCACGGCGCUGCUGUGCGCCGCAAUGAUGACCGACCGCUGGGAGCAGCUGUCGUGGAGCCGCGCGCGCCUCAACCAGUCGCUGGCGCCGGUCGCGGCCGAGUGGCUGCUGGGCGGGCGCGUCGCGCGGCUCGUGCUCGGCGUGACGCGCCGCCUCGCUCCCGGCUCCGCCUCCGCCUUCAGCCGCCAGGAGGACGCCGUCUUCCUCGUGCCCACGCACGGCGGAAUCUGGACGCUUUGCACCUCGCUGACCGAGGAGCAGCAGCAGCUGCUGUCUGAGGUGGGCUUCACCAGGCCGGACUGCGUGCACUACCUGUCGCCCGAGGCGGCGCGGCCCGAGGAGUCGCGGCCCGACUGGCAGCACCGCAUGCAGAACCUGUCCAUCUCGUGCGCUCUGGUCUGCCUCAUCGUGUUGGGCAGCGCCGCCCUGGUGGGCGCCUUCGGAGUCCUGCGACACCAGAUCAGCGCCGUCCUGAUCACCGGCGUCAUGUACCUGCUCGCCGCGACGUUCGCGAUGUUCACGCUGACCAUCAUGCACUUCAAGCGGGCGCAGGGGCGCGCGGCGCGCGUCGACUCGCUGUGCGUGGGCCAGGGCGCGGACGAGGCGUCGCUGCUGACGGACGGCGUGUCGCCGAGCGGCGCGGCGCUGGAGCGGCGCCAGCUGCGCCUGGACGCGGCCGUGCUGCGCGCGCGCCUCUUCGCGCCCGGCUGGAGCGUCGACCUGGGCUGGGGCGGCGUGGCGCUGUGCGCCGUCGCCGCCGUGCUCUGGCUGCUGCUGUCCAAGAUCAUGCGCUACCGCAGCCCGCUCGCCUCGCUGCUGCCCGCAUAG